CAAACGCGUCCGUGACAAGGAGGUCGCUGAUGGAUGCGAAGGCCUCCCUAGUGCCUGCCCUUACUGAAUCUUACUAUAAAAUAAACCAUGGAUCACUUCUGAUCGUUCACGUAAAGAAAGUGUCAGUCAGCCGGCACAUUGUAUAUGUAUAUGUAGGUGAUAUACACAGUCCCAAGACAUCGACACACAACUCCACGCAGAACUAACGUCAUGUUUUCUUAGUCUUCAUGAUCUUCCCUAGUGGCAAGGAUACAGCCAAUUCAUUGUCAUCCAAAGAUGGCGUAGGUUUCAUGCACGUACGGUUAUGACAGUAUACUCUAAUUAUUGUUUGCACUAAAAGUGACGUCAUGCCCCGCAGAAAGAAGGAAUUACAAUCAAGUGAUGAUGAUGAAACCAAACUACAAAAACCUCUUCAAAGGAACGCAGCAAAUGCGCGUGAACGAUCACGCAUGCGGAUUCUGAGUAAAGCGUUUGUGAAAUUGAAGACUACCCUACCCUGGGUACCAGCGGACACAAAACUCUCUAAGCUGGAUACUCUUCGUCUAGCGUCUAGUUAUAUUGCCCACCUACAACAGGUACUGGACACGGAUGAUGAGGAAGGGGCUGAAAUACCCUCAUUCCAUCCCCUCAAUUUGACCUGGCCAUUCAGUUUCACCGGAGGAAAAACGAGUCCAAGUUCAGAUGGGAAGUCUCCCGAUCACAUGAAAUCCCACCUGGACCAUGACGACAUGUCCAACUGCAGUGACAUGUUGAUAUGACGUCACAUCCGGCACAUUCAUGUAUAAAUAUUGGGAGACAAAUACUACUUAACCUGAAAUCCAUAUCGGCAAGCUAACGUUUACCAACAGGACAAUGUCAUGUUUCAUGUGAUUGACACUACUCUUAUUUAUUAUUAUUCAUUAAAUGAUCAUAGUCUAGACUGAUAACAUGGUGACA